CGUGGCCCUUUGUACACAGACAGAGAAAAUCUCAUCCCCUCCGGCAGGAAACCCUAGCCUGCGCGCGCGCUCUCUCUCUCUCUCCCCUCCGUUUAGAAGCUCCAGUAGCUGCUCGGCUCGCCGGUUCCGUCCUCGUCGGUUUUUCGUUUUGAGCUCAUACUUCUUUCGAUGACAAGUGCUUGGACAAAUAUGAGCUUUGCAAUCAUACGUAGGCAUUUAGAGUGGGAGUGGGAGGAUCAUGGGUGAAGUAAUGGUUAUUGUUUUUAAAAAUUGGAGAUGUUGGUCACUCCGGAAGAUCUAUUCAUCUGCAAAAUUCAGGAGAGGAAAGGAGAUCAAAUUUUAUUUCAAAUUAAUUAUUGCUUUGGAGCAUCUUGGAGCAAACGAGCAAUGGAGCUUUUGGAGCAUGGCUCACCUCAGGAUUGCUCUCUUGCGAAUCGCCUGCUGAACAGUUUCUGGUAUCAAAAUGAGUGGUCGUUUUUCUCGGACAAUCUAUGUUGGCAACCUGCCAGCUGAUAUCCGCGAAGUGGAAAUUGAAGAACUAUUCUACAAGUAUGGUCGUAUAUUGGAUAUUGAGUUGAAGAUUCCACCUCGUCCUCCUUGUUAUUGCUUUGUGGAGUUUGAGAGUUCUCGGGAUGCUGAGGAUGCAAUUAGGGGUCGUGAUGGCUACAACUUUGAUGGCUGUCGCUUAAGGGUUGAGCUUGCACAUGGUGGAAGAGGACAGCCAUCUUCAAGUGAUCGUCGUGGCAGCUAUGGCGGCGGCGGCGGCGGCGGCGGCAGUGGACGGUUUGGAAUCUCUCGUCAUUCGGAGUUUCGAGUCGUAGUUCGUGGUCUGCCAUCCUCUGCUUCCUGGCAAGAUUUGAAGGAUCAUAUGCGAAAAGCGGGUGAUGUCUGUUUCGCUGAUGUUUCUCGUGAUAGUGAUGGGACUUUUGGUAUUGUUGACUAUACAAACUAUGAGGACAUGAAGUAUGCUAUUCGGAAGCUUGAUGACACCGAAUUCAGAAAUCCUUGGGCAAGAGCUUAUAUCCGGGUGAAAAGAUAUGAGGCAAGUCCAUCUAGAUCUCGCAGCAGAAGCCGCAGCAGAAGCAGAAGUGUCAGGAGGGAGCGGAGUAGAUCAUUGGGGCGAUCAACUUCCAAAUCACCAUCUCGAUCUAGGUCUAGGUCCGCAUCCCCAAUAAAAUCGCCAAGACCAAAGUCCGUGUCGAGGUCACCAUCUCCGCGUCUGCCGAUGUCUGUAAGGGAGUCGUUGGAUAUGUGUAGCUAGUGCUCAGCAAGGUCAGGCAGUGCGUGACGGGGGAGCGUGGGAAUCUCUUGGGGUCUCAAUGGAAGAGCUUUCCUGGGGCAGGCUGUGUUACCAAACUUGUUAAUGGUUUGCUGGUGGACCUUGUAAGAAGAAUUGGAUAUCUGUGAUGUGUUGCUCGCUAUUGGAUCUCCGGAUUAUGAGGAUAUUUAGACUCGUUUUGGUCACUUUGAAGGUGCUUGCGAUUGCAAACUGUUUUAGAUUGUAGUGGAUGAUGGAGAUUUGCACCAGACAUACUUUCUCACUGCUAGACUAUUUUCUGCAACACAGAGCCGUCUUAUUGUUCUUA